AUGACAGUUGACUUCUUUCAAUAAACAUAAACAAACAAAAACAAUAACAGUUUUACAGUUGCCCUCCGCUUUGUUUGUUUUGUUUGUUUCCUGAAUUCAAACUCCUCCCUUCCUUCCUUCCUUUCCUUUGAAUUUCUUUCUACUACUUUUUCCUUUUGCCUUGAUAUGACUCUGCGGCGGGGGAACUCCCAUUGCAUUCUGUCCUCCCAAUCAAAGAAACCAAGCUUAGCUUAGCCUCCUCCUCCUCCUCCUGGACGCAGUGAGAUAUUCUUCUUACAAUGGCGGACGUCAGGAAAGUGCGGCCAGUCAUGAUAAUGAGGUGCCCCAAGUGCGAGAAUGUGCUGCUGGACUACUCCGUCCACCAGUGCGGUGGCUGUGGCGCUGUCCUUCCAGCUCGAAAUUAUAAAUAUGGUAGGUCAGGAUCAGAUGCCUUCUCCAACGAUAAACCUCAUGAAGAACACACUGGAUUUGCCUCUGAGAAAUCACUGGACUCUUUGGAGAUCGGAGCCUCCAAUUCGAGUGACGCUUCUGAUUCUGGAAUUGAACCGAACACCACCGACUCUUUGAGGUAUGACAAAACUGUGGCAGGAUGGGGAGGGACGACUUUUAUGAGUGAUUACGGAAAGGACUACUCGGUACUCAAGGACAGACCUGACCAUAACGCCGAGCGAGUCAGAUCGAGAAGAGAAAACAGUGGAUUUGGAUCCCGACUUGAUUCUGGUUCUGCUGAUCCGGGAUGCUUCUAUGCAACUUCGACCAAUGAAUCAAAAGGCACAACAGAGAAAUGGGUAGCUGAGAAUAGUCUUAAUAUGAAGUCACGUAUGAAUGAUUUGGGGUCCAGCAAAAAUGAGGAAUUUAGAUCCCCCGUCACUUCUACAAGCAGGUCUGUGAGAUCUGCAAAGAUGACCGAUUUGCAGACUCGACAAAGGGGUGGGAUGGAAGGAUUUUGGACGGACUUUCAUAUCUCAAAGUAUCCCGAUCACGAGGGAUCUUCAGUGUCCCAUUUAAAGUCUUCUCCUCACUGGAGUAAAAUGCAGUUGAGGAGACCUUACAAUUUCCAUGGUGCAGAUGGUAUUCAAUACCUUGACGAUGAUUGCGCUGCACUUCUCAGGAAGAUAGACGAGCUGAAAAGACAACUCACUCGUUCUUGUGAAGUGGUCGGCAACCCCAAAGGCGAUGUUCCUUUCAACAACAGGAAGAUGGCUCCUCCUCCUGAUUGUUGUGUUGGCCCCGGUGCUUGCUUUUCUGAUGGAUCUUCUUUCUCCAGUAGAGAGUUGAACCAUUCUUUUGAUCCAUACAGGCAUGCUGAUAGAACCCCAUAUCAAGGCCAGUCUGCGGAUUUAUUCCCUUACCCCCACCGGCACAACUUCGUGCAAAAUUCUUAUUCUUCGUUGCAAAAUGUGAAUCGUGUUCAUCGAUCAAGACACUCUUAUAAUUCCGGCACACAAUGUUAUCAAUACCCACAUCAACAGUACUAUCCUAGUUCUGGAAGGUACACCGCAUCGAAUUCUCUGGACCCUCUCGAUUGUUACUCUCAGGAUCAAACCCUUCACCCAUCAGCUUGCUCAUAUCCUAAUUUCCAUAACGAUUUUCCUGAGGUUGCUUUACCAGUUCCACCAAACACAUUCAAGGAACCAUUUAGUGAUGGCCCAAAGAACCGCUUGUUCCGAGACCGUGAAAAUCAAGGUCUUCUAUCUCCACUUAACUCUCAAAAGCCACAAACCCAUAUUAGGAGGUCCGGUGACCUAAACUCUGGAUCAGAUGGAUUUCUUGGGAGCCUUCCCCUUCCCCAGAGGGUAGUUAGAACUUCUAAGAACCUCUGCCGCCCAAUUGGCGGAGCUGCCCCAUUUUUUACAUGCUAUAAUUGCUUUGAGUUGCUGCAAUUGCCGAAGAAGCUCCAUCUUAAUGUGAAUUGGCAAAAAAUUAGAUGCGGGGACUGUUCUACCAUCAUCAAUUGUGCAGUCCGCGGUAAGAAGCUUGUUCUUUCUUUUCCGGCGGAAACAAAGGAUGCUGAUCUUUUGCAUAAUAAUAACUCCGACAAAUUAAGUGGCUGUGAUAACAGAGAAAGCAACAAUUUAUCUUCUAAUGAUACUGGUAAAUCAGGCUACGAGUUCCACUCAGCUGGUAAACAACAUAUGCCAGUAUCAGCCGGCGAUACCAUGAGAAGUGUCCAUUCAUCCUCUCCAAUUAUCCUGGAUACUAAGCAUAGUACCGGUGAUUCGAUCUCUUCAAGAACAGUGGACUGCUCUAUUCCACCACCUGCCAAUGCCCCAGUUCAUGAAAAAAUUAGGGCUACUUUGCAGCAAGAGUCUUGGGACGAGGAGCCUAUAGCAACCGAAAUGGAGUUGUCAUUCAAUGAAUACUCCAAUACUGGGGUAUCACAGGACUCUUGGUGGGAUAUGAGCGCUGAAGAUGAUGAACGACUGAGAAUCAACGAGGCCAGUUUGGUGAACCUUAGGACAAGGAGCUUCCGGGAUUUCUCCAGAUCAAGUCAAUCAGACGAGCAUGAUGGAGCAACGAAUGUUUCGAUUAAUGGACAUGUCGUACCUGAUAGUUUAGUUGGGGGGGCGGAAAAGCUUGCUGGACCUAUCCAGCCAGGAGAUUAUUGGUAUGAUUUUCGAGCAGGAUUCUGGGGUGCAAUUGGUGGGCCUUGUCUUGGUAUAAUACCGCCAUUCAUUGAAGAAUUCAACUACCCGAUGGCAGAGGACUGUGCUGGUGGCACUACCGGCGUUAUAGUGAACGGAAGAGAACUGCACCAGCAAGACUUGGAUUUGCUCUCUAGUAGAGGACUUCCAACAGGAAGAGACAGAUCCUACAUUGUUGAGAUUUCUGGAAGAGUAUUGGAUGAGGAGACGGGGCAAGAGCUCGGUAGUCUUGGCAAACUCGCACCAACAGUCAAGAAGAUGAAGCGUGGGUUUGGUAUGAAAGUUCCCAGAACAGUUGCAGCUGCAGGUGACUUGAGUUCAGAACAGGAAUACCACCCAGGACCAUGAGAGGAGAAAAUAUCAUCGGAGGUUUGCUGUAUGUAGCAAUGCUGGUGGUAAUUGAUGUGCAUUAAAGCAAAUUGAGGGGCUGAGUCUGAUUGAUUCGGCCUAAGGCGGUCUCGGGUACAGUUGUGUAUAUACCUAACCUAUAAUUGAUGAUAACCAUAUAUGAAGAUUGAUUGCUGAAAAUUGGAUGAAGCUCAAAUCCUGAAACGAACAUUCAUUUCAUUUCGUGCAAGUGAAACUGAGAAGAGUUGAUAAAAGAUUUACCUUUUUGCUAUGAUAUUAUUCUUAUUAUUAU